AUGUCGACGGUAGAUAUCACCGAUGAUGGAGACUCGUCAAUCGAGACUGAUGCCGCUUCAUCAACGACAAGCAUCUCAAGCUCCAUCUUGAACUAUCGGCAUGAGAACGGCAGAACGUACCAUCGCUACAAAGACGGAAAAUAUCAUCUCCCCAAUGACCAGGUCGAAAAUGAGCGUCUAGACACUCAGCACAACCUUUUCCUCCUGACAUUCGGAGAUGAACUAGGUCUUGCUCCACCGAAUGACCCCGCUGCAACGGCUGGACGUGUACUCGACGUGGGAACGGGAACCGGAAUAUGGGCAAUUGACUACGCUGAUGAGCACCUGGAAGCUGAAGCAUGUCCCUUACCUUCCAAUCUUAUAAAAGCCCUAGGGUUAUACUUUUCCGCUAACAUCUCCAGUGUCCCGCCAAACCUUCGUUUCAUUAUUGAUGAUAUUGACGAAGACUGGGAAUAUGUAUUAAGAACUGGGAGGACUACAUCCGCAAGAUCUUCAAGCACGUCUUCAAUCCCCGCUCUCGUCCGCAAGACUAACCUGUGUAGUAAUCUCAAGCCUGGAGGCUACGUUGAAUUUCAAGAAACCGGUGGUAUGAUUCUCUCCGACGAUGGGACUCUUACACCAGAUCACGCUCUUUCAAAGUGGUGCAACCUCCUCGGUGAAGCCUUCAUGAAGCUUGGUAGUACCUCCAUUGAGUUCGACUAG